AAUUUUAGGACUAAAUCCAUGUGGGAUAGAAAAUUUUAUGUUCAUAAGAAUUAUGGUUGGUCUGAGAAAGAGAUUAUAGAUGCUUUUCGGAAGUAUCCCUUGUUUAUGACUGUGUCUAAGGGGAAAAUUGUGAAAAUAAUGGAUUUUCUUACGAACAAAAUGGGAUUGCAGUCUUCAAUUAUUGCUAAGCGCCCUCUUGUGAUAACGCAAAGCUUGGAAAAGAGGAUUGUUCCGAGGGGUUUGUUCGCUCUAGAUUUGUUGUCAAAAGGUUUGGUUAAGAAGGAAUUUAACUUGGAGGCAUUGUUUGAGGAUUCAGAAAAGUUGUUCAUUGAGAAGUUUGUGAAUCGCUAUGAAGCAGAUGCUCUUGAGCUGUUAAAGUUAUAUCAAGAAAAGUUUGAUCUUUCAAAUAAACCGAAAGCUGGUACAUCCAAGCUGCAGAGAUUAUAGAAUGUCGACAAUAAGAUUCAGAUUUUCCUCCUCAUGUUAAUUUUAUAUAAUUGAAUUCAUUGAUGUGAAACUAGCUUCUGCUUUGGGUCUUGAAUAUUUGUAAUACAAAAUUGUUGUCUGUAGUCUUUUCUUCUGUUAGUGAAGUUUUAACUCGACCAUGUAUGCUUUGACACUUAACUAUGCCGGUAUAUCUCAUCUUACUGUCAUAAAGUGCAAUUGCAAAAUGAGCUUCUUAGUUGAUGUUUUCUUCUUUUUUAUGCAACUAUAACUUCUUGUUCAUUAUUUGUUUAGGAAUGGUUGAUGUUUGAGGAAUGAUACAUCAAAACUGUUCUUUUGAGUUUUUUUUUUUCUUUUGAGUUUCCUAUAAGCUGGGUAGGGAACAAACUAGAAGUUAGGAGAUUAUAGUGUUGAAUUAAUGGCGGAUACUUUGUGUCAACAUUUUUUCCGUCAUGUGAAAAACAUCCUUUAUAAG